AUGGUUGAUGAUCUCCAGAAUAAGAACCAAGAGUUGAUGAAGCGGAUAGAAAUUUGCCAGGAAGAAAAUAAAAUUUUGGAUAAAAAGGUUGCUGAGGUUGAGAAGCUUCCCAAACUGUACGUGAGCUUGAGUACUUGCUGGUGGUGCUGCUACAAAUGCUGUGAGGGAUUACCAGCGGAAAGUUCAAGAGAUGAAUGUAAUGUGCCCUACACAUUUGAAGUCUUAAGAGUUGUUUUCUUCUUACCUGAGGAAAGAAAAACUCUUGAGAGGGAGCUGGCUCGUGCAAAAGUAACAGCAAACAGGGUUGUGGUAGUGGUAGCUAAUGAAUGGAAAGAUGCUAAUGAUAAAGUGAUGCCUGUAAAACAAUGGCUUGAAGAAAGAAGGUUCUUGCAGGGAGAGAUGCAGCAACUCCGGGACAAGCUCUCUGUAGCUGAGCGAACUGCAAAAUCCGAAGCACAGUUGAAAGAAAAAUACCAACUGCAGCUCAAAGUACUAGAAGAGACUUUGAGAUCAUCAAGCAAGAACGGUCGGAGUAUGUUAGAAGGAAGAAAUGUAAGCAACGGUCGUCGCCAAUCCCUGGGUGGAGCUGAUAACAUCUCCAAAUUGACCUCCAAUGGCUUUUUACCUAAGAGAUCACCAUCCUUCCAGUUGAGAUCUUCUCCGUCUUCUGGCACUAAUUCAGUAUUGAAGCAUGCGAAAGGGACGUCAAAGUCAUUUGAUGGCGGCACACGCUCAUUAGACGGGUAA